CUUGAUGUAAGUUUCUGGUAACGAGUGAGGGCACUUUGACAAAAUCCCUCAUUCACCCCUCGCACGUUUUGCAGCCACAUUUGGAAGUCUAGUCGUGAAUCGAGGAGGCGAAAGCAGCUCUGAUACACCAGGAGACGAUGAAGGACGAGAUCAGAGCCGGCGUGGUCUUCCUGGUCAGUUUGGUCAGAAGACGCAGCCAGCUACAUCAGGAAAAGAUCGAGGAGUUCGGGGAGAAGCUCACUGCAGUACUGUACCGAAAAUACCAGAAUCACUGGUACCCAGCCAAUCCCAGCAAAGGACAAGCAUACAGAUGCAUUCGGAUAAACAGGAAACAGAAAACAGACCCAUUCUUGUUGCUCGCUUGUCAAGAUUGUGAGCUAGAAUAUAACCAGUUGAGACUUCCCAAAGAGAUUACGUUGUGGAUUGAUCCCCAGGAGGUGUGCUGCAGGUGUGGUGAGGGGUGUCUGCCUUUCACUGUUGCUCAGUUUGCACAAGACUCCAAGAAGAUGGCGUCAUUAGACUCUGAGCAAGGCAGCACAUCCGACUCCCACUCGGAGACUUCAUCAGAUGAAGAGAUACGUGCCAAACGUCGAACAAUGGAGCAAACCGCAGCAAAAACAGCUGAAGCUACUGGCAAGGUUUCUGGAAGUUUCCCCCAGUGCACUGCUGCGUGGCCUCUGUACCCUCACAAGCCGGUGCAGUAUGCCACAUUCUACCAGCCCAUCCCCCUCAUCAGCUACUACUUGAUACCCGGACUGGACAAGACCCUGCGACCUCCCCCAGGUUUCCUCCUGCCUCAGGGACAGGCCCACCACUCGAAGAUCGGCAAAAGGCACAAAUGAUGAAGGUCCUGGCGAGCAGAGGGAGCGGAUACCUCGUUGGCACUGAGCUGUGCCAACCCUGUGCUUAACUGCUCCGUGUCUGCAAAUGGCCCAGCCGUGUUUGUGUGAGCAAGGUGUGUGUGUGUGUGAAUGAGUCAGAGAAAGAAAUGUCGCUCUAUGUAAAAUUCACUACUCGUGUGUGUGUGUGUGUGUGUGUGUGUGUGUGUGUGUGUGUGUGUGUGUGUGUGUAAGGCCCACACUGCCCAUGUGUGUUUGUAGGGUUUGCACUGCUGCUCCUGUGGGUCUGUGUAUACUUUAUAUAUAACUGAAGCCAUCUCUGUAUUAUAAAUCUGUACAAAAAACUCAGGUAUCUUUGAAAAUAUGAGGUGUGUCCACAUUGCCUGACAGGUGAUUGUUAUUUAUCAUGUUUACAAGAGGGAUUGUGUAACAUUAAACUGAAAUAUCCCAGAUAUUUGUUAAUAUGUAUUUGUUAAAUUAUCAUCUAUUUGGCUUGUGGAAUAGUUAAUGUUUUUGCACAUUUCUUUUAUUUCCUGCUGCUGAUCACUCUCCAUUCGCUUCUGUUGAAAUCUCAGAGCCUCUCUUGGGUAAGAAACUUAACUGUGAUGCUUAUCAUAGCCAAAUAGCCCAUCAACAUCCACUGAGUGAGGCUCCAGAAGGUGCCUGGCGAAUGGAUUGCUGAUGACAUUAGGACAAACUCUAGCACUCAAAGAGUGUGUUUUCUGUGCAAUAUAUAUUGGGCAAUUUAAAUUAUAUAAAUCCAAAAAUUGUUUAAAAGGGAUUUGGGGAAUUGUUUCCUGAGGAUGUGUUCAGGAACAAAUCUCGAUCUCUGGGAUUUUUUAGCUGCUGUUCUUCCUUGAUGUGGGAAUAGUUAUUCCCAUGUUCCUGUAUCUUUCUCCCAGGCUGGGGGAGGGACCCAUCUCUGAAUGGCCUCCUGAAUCAGCUUGCUGUGUUCAUUCAUACCAAAGGCCACAGUGUGUUAACACAGUGAUCCCCUGGUCUGCUCUCCUGCUGCCAUUGCCCAUUCCCACCCUCAAACACUGACUGGUGUUUCCACCCCAGUAACCCAGGGACACAAGCUCCCCAGUGGGGCGAGUGGAAGCCCCUUACCCAGGCCCUCACCCAGUUCAUGUCUCUCCAAGUCUUUACAGAUAUUAGAGAAAAAUCACAGCGGACCAACACAGUGUUACUGCUCCCCAAUUGGUGAAUGGGAGAAACUUUUAUAAAACUCAGUAUUUAUUGACCAUCAAGUUAAGUGUAAGUUAAAUGGCUUAUUCUGAAUGUCUCAUUAACUUUAUUUUUUUCUGGUGUGUUGUGUGUGUAAAAUAAAACACUUUGUUCAAACAACA